GGUGGAGGGAGUGGUGAAUGCAAGGUACGAAGUGAUUGAGUAGUGGGCAUUGUUGUUGAGGAAUGGGUGGCCUGAGGUUUCUAUGGUUUUUAAGAUUUUCAAAGAGCAAGGUGUGAUUCUGACUGCACUUUUAGGUCUAUCUUCAUUCUUCUCAAUGGCAGAGACUUCUAUAACUACACUGUGGCCAUGGAAGGCUGCUAUUUUGCUUCUUACUGAGAUCACUCCAAAAAGUAUAGCUGUUCACAAUCCCACAGAGGUGGCUAGAUUUGUGGCCGGUGGCAUGGCUUUCCUUGAUACUACAUCUAGUGGGAAGAAUUGUUACUUAUUUAUCAAUGGGAAUAAGGAAAUCAUAUCCUCCAUUUCAUCUGUUGCAUUUCUUGUUUCUAGUUGUUUGUUAGCUGAACCUUAUGUUAGUGAAGAUGAAUUAAAGCUGAUGCUACGUGGGGUAGAGUUGAGUGGAGCAAUAGGGGAGGAAGAGCAGGAUAUGAUUGAAACUGUAUUAGAGAUAAAGGAUACUCAUGUUAGAGAGGUCAUGACACCCCUUGUUGAUGUGGUUGCAAUUGAUGCAAGUGCAACUCUUGUUGAUUUUCACCAUCUAUGGGUGACUCACCAAUAUUCAAGGGUACCUGUUUUUGAGCAGCGUGUUGACAAUAUAGUUGGCAUUGCAUAUGCAAUGGAUCUACUUGAUUUUGUUUGGAAGACGGGCUUCUCUUUUGAGUGUACACUGAAGAGGAAGCUCUUACUGAAGCAUGAGUACAGGGUGGAAAAGCGAUCUGCAUGGCACAUAAGGCACAGUUGCAUUGAUCUGCCUUGAUUCAGGCAACAUCCGUAAGAGCUCUUUCUCCUGCCUUAUCUCCUUGGCUCUCUCCAACUAUCUGAACCUUUCUUGCAGAAGAGCAAGGGAUGGAUGAACAAUUGCUGGAUCAAUCUGUCUA